UUAACACGGUGCUCGGCUGCGUUUUCUCCCUGUAGUCUCUCCGGUCAUGGCUGUGGCUCGCUGCUGCUGUCUCUGCGUGACGUUGCCGCUGCUCCUGCUGCGGUGGCCGGGGCUGCUGGUGGCGGCGGAGCAGGUCGCUCUGGUGGAGGUGUUCGUGGAGCAGCGGCCCGGCGCCAGCGCCCUGCUCCAGGGGGAGGUGGUGGAGUCCAGCAGGAGCAGCGGGAGCUCCGAGCACCGGGACGAGGAGCUCGAGGAGCUGGAGGGAGACCUGGUUCUGGUUCGAGAUGAGGAGACCCAGGUAAGCAAGGGAACAGACGAAGACAUCACCAAAAACCAGGAGCCGUGGAUCGGGGUGGUGCCAGUAGAGAUGGACGACAGCAAAGCCUCCACUGGGAACCAGGAGUCCUUCGCUGAUGCAGUAGUCAAUAAAAUGAAGCGAGCGUUGGUCCUCGGAGCUUCAGCACUCAUCAUUCUUGCUCUCAACCAAAACACCGUCAGCGAGAUGGAUCUGUCUCAGGUGCUGUCCAAGCCCAUCAUUGUGAUCCAGACGUCAGAAAAUGUCACCAAGCUGAUUGGAGCUUUGCUCAGGGGUCUCCACGCCACAGCGAGAAUCACAUACAAGACGAUCCUGCAGGACAACCUGGGAGCCACGCUCACGCUCUGGUCCAGCUGUGGUCGAUCGAGAGGCGGUCGCUACGGAGAGUGGCAGGGGGUCAUCUGCACGGGAGAGACCAACUCUCAGGUCCAGAAAUACCUGCAGCAGCUGUGGGACACCGUCCUGCUGGUGGCGCUGAUCCUCAGCACCGGAGUCAUCGUUCAGGCUCGCUGGCAGUACCAGGACCACCAGCUGAACGACGACCUGGAGCUCCUCCCCAAACAGGACGUUCUGAAGAGAAUGUCGUCCCUGAAGACCAAAACCUACCGUCAGCCCAAACCCUGGUGCGACCCGUCGCAGCCGGUGGAGACGGACAACUGCGCCGUGUGUCUGGAGCCGUUCAACAACAACCAGUGUUUGCGGGUGUUGCCGUGUCUCCACGAGUACCACAGAGACUGUGUGGACCCCUGGCUGCUGCUGCAACACACCUGUCCUCUGUGCAAACGCAGCAUCCUCAGCAGCGUCUGUAAGGACAGUUAACGGUCGCCUCGCCUCGUCUCUGCUGCAGCAGCUCUGGGAAUCAGCUCUCGUCUCGACCUCAGCGACACUCCGGUAGCCGUUUUCUUUCUUUUUUUUUUUAAACUGACCUCAACGCUUCCUCCUUCCAGCAGUGGAUCGUGGGAGCAAAUAAGAACUUGUCACAGCAGCUGAGCAGCCGUGGGACUGUGCAGCAGUCGUACUUUAACCUCUGACCUUCAGUGGGUCUCACAGACAUGGUGGUGGUGGCGCCAACACAAUACUCUGAAGUACUGCACCGGCGCUGUUGUGUGGAAACAGUGCUUCUUCCUGGGAUCUUGUUACUGUACAACUGUGGUAAUGUUUGUGUGUGUGUGUGUGAUCUGCAGCGGUGAAGACGUGACUCAACCAAACAUUUAGCUUUGAAUUUGUAAAAACUGACGACCUCAGCGAGUAUUUACGAGCCGGCUGACGGACUUUCAGUGUUGUCUGGUUGUGAGCAUGAACGUGUCGAUCGCCUGGCCAGCGUCAGUGUUCACUUUAGGUCCAAAUGAUGUCAAUAACCAACUUACCAGAGUGGACCAAGUCGCAUCUCGUACUUUUGCAAUCCAGUGUUAGCUGUAGAGGUGGUGUAGUCGUAGUGCAGGAGUCCGUGUGCACCAGUCGGUAACUUAUGUGAGGAGUUAAAGUGUUCUCACUUGUCCUUAACGCGCCUUAUGACUUAACUGCAGAGCGGUGGAAACACAAAGCACCUCUUUAAUCAUGCUUUACAACCUGAGAUUUAUAUGUUACAGAAGCUAGUUUAGUUGUAGUUUUCCUGUUUAAAACAAUUAGUGACGAAGAUGAUGAACAGGAAGGUUUUAGAGUUUGUGGCUGCAGCUUAGUGUCUCACUGCCACUCCAGACAACAGAUUGAUAUCACGCUGUAACGUGAAAGGUUGAUUGUUAUAAGGUGUUCUUUCACUUUACUACGACUUGUGUUCUUAUAACAAUACACUAUUUAUUUUGUUAGAUUAUUUCAUUAUUAAACUCACAUUUGAAUGAGGAAACUAUGUGCUGAAAACAGAUCAAUUUAAGAAAACGGCUCUUUCACUCUCGUGCAACUUUGGGGACAUUUUGCAUUUUGAUCAUUUUGGCUGUGUCAAUAUGGCACAAACUGUCGAUAAGGUGUGCAUUUAAAAAAAACUUUGACCUCAUAAUAACUCCUCCUACAACAUAAAAAAGUUAACACCAGGACUUCAAAGACCAAAAUGUCACAAUUAAACACCAUUGACCUGCUAUUGUUUUGAUUCCGUUACAGCAUUGAAUUCUGUUGUUUCCUUCUAGAGCGCUGGCUUUAAAAUAGUCAUAUUUAAUAUUUUCUUCCAUUAUGUGUCAUAAUAUUUUAUGGCAGUAUUAGAAAAACACUGUUUGUGUUUUUCUAAAUCUGACACGGCAUAAGAAAGAUUGCAUCAGAGUUAAUGCUGUUGCUAAUUACUGACAUAUCCAAGACUGUAAUAUUUAAAAAAAUGAUUUUAAAAUCAUGUACAGGAGCAAUAUUUCUCAGCACACUGUUACCAAUAUGUUCUAACAAGAAAAAGUUUGUUAGAUCGUGAUGUCGUAAUAAUAUGAUAACAUCCUGGUUUAAGAUGCUUUAUAACAUGACACUGAUCUGUUUUCCUGCCGUGGCAGCAGUACGCUCCCAUACACAUGGAUGUUUGCUCUGUUCCUUUCAGAAAGUCUAAAUGAAGAACAGUUCUGUGAUGCUGUCCAACUCAAACAUGUGUCCUCUUCGGGCUGCUUAUGCACCACCAGCUGCAGACACGUAGUUGGUAUUAUUCAACUACUGCUUGUUCCACUGGAGGACUCGGUUCAUACCUGCACAGUGGACUGAUGUCUGCGUGUUUAAUGGAUGUGAACUACAUGUGAAACCAACACGGUGGCUGCUUCUGGUUAACCAACACAUGCACAGCUGCUUUCCUGGUAGCAGAGCGGCGAUAAAAAUAACUAAAGGCUACUUGCACUUUUGCACAGACAAACUCAAAGUCACUUGUAUAGUUAGAAUAGUGUCAUGAUUUCUACAUCCACACAACGUGCACGAGGCUCCGUCUGCACCGUUUAUAGUUCACAUCCACAGAACACGUAGAAAACCUUUCUGCUGCACAUGUAUGAACUGGUGGACUAAAAGUAUGGUAGCAACAUGAGGACAAGUCUGCACAUCAUGUUGGCGAGGUGGUAAACCAGGAAACACCUGCAUCAGCUCUUAUUUAGCUUUUAAAGGAACACUUUUUGACAAAUUUGCUCUCCUGUCUGCAGUCACAUUAGAUGAUACCACGCUUGUGUUCCUGCAGUUAAUUAGAGGCAUAAAUCAGAAGUGUCUGUAACAUAAAGACAUGUGAGUGGAUCAAUUCUGUCGGCUAAACAAGAGAGCAAAUCUACGGGUACCAAGUGUUCCUUUGCAAAAAGACAAAUUCAACGUGUUUGUUUACAUACAACAAACAGUCAGAUGUUCCAGCACAGCAGAACUGUUCACUUACCAACAGUGGGCGAGUAAUCAAAAUGAACUGCAGCCGUACUCCUGUGAAACAAAGAAGGUCACGUCUAAUAGAUUUUGACAUUUUGUCAGUGACGACUCAAACUCCAAGGAUGUCAAAAAAUUAUUGUAUUUAUGUUGUUGUUUUUUUUGCAAUGUCAACUCCAAAAAGCAAUUACAUGUGCUUUCCUUUGUUACAAAAUGCUCUGAUAGAUCUGUUCUCUUCAUAGAAAAUAGUCUGUGCAUGGCCACGUGUAGGAGGUUCCCCACAGCUCGGAGACAAACAGCGAGUGCUUCCAAACACAGCAGCACGGUAACGUACGGAGCCCUGCAGGGUCACGGGGAGCAGUUUGGGAUUUGCAUUUCCUCCAAAUCUGCUUUUUGUUUCCUCUGAUCCACAUGAACAGUCGGUGCGUUGGUCUAACGCGCUGUAAGAUGCUACAACGAGGGGAAAUGAUGCAUUUAUUCAUUUCAAAAA